AGGUGACCUGCCUUGUGUGAGAGCCCAGCUAGCGACUGAAGAUGAAGAGCCUGCUCUUGACCUUCACACUUCUGGGGUUGGUGGCUGUCCUGAAGGCCCAAGAAGUACCAUCAGAUGACCAGGAGGAUUACUCUGGGACCUGGUAUUCAAAGGCUACAAUAUACAAUGGCAGCCUACCCAGUCACAUGAUACCCUCGAAGGUUUUCCCUGUGAAGAUGACAGCCCUGGAAGGAGGAGACAUGGAGAUCAACAUUAUAUUAUGGAAGAAUGGUCAGUGUCAUGCCCAAAAAAUCCUGAUGAAGAAAACUGAUGAGCCUGGCAAAUUCACCUCCCUAAAUGGCAAGAGGUCCAUGUAUAUCACAGCGCUGCCGGUGAAGGACCACUACGUCAUGUAUUGUGAAGGCCAUUACCACGGGAAGUUCUUUCGCAUGGGAAAGCUCAUCGGGAGAAACCCUGAGGAAAACCCAGAGGCCAUGGAAGAAUUUAAGAAAUUUGUACAGCAUAAGGGACUCAGAGAGGAAAACAUCCUUGUACCAGAGUUAAAAGGGCCUUGGCUGGGCUUGAAGACCCUGCUGGCAGCAGAGACAUGGGAAAAGUACAGCGAUAUCGAUGGGCUGGUGCCCAAGGAGCAUGGCAUCUGA